AUGGCCGCCCCUGCGCCUCCGCCUGCGCCUCCGCCUGGGCCUGAGCCCGGGACUGCACCUCCGCCACAAAAUCAGCCCAAGGAUGAUGUAGGCACAAGAAAAGGGUUUCGACGCUACAAGUGGGAAUUCAAAGACAGCAAUAAAGAGUUCUGGACAAUGGGACAUGCUGAGGUCAAGAUCCUGUGUUUGGUCUGCAUGAUGACUGCACUAUACCUCUUCGAAACAAUGCCCACACACCCCAUCCUGAUCCUGCUCCUCACUAUGGAAGUGUCCAUCUUCACUUUCUUCAUAUUCCUCUACAGUUUCGCCCUUAACAGAUACAUACUCUUUGUCUACUGGCCCAUCACUGACCUCUUCAACGACCUCUUCUCCUGCGUGUUCCUCGUAGGUGGCGUAGUGUUUGCUACGAAAGCCAGACGAGUGAUGCCAAAGCCCUACUUAAUAGCUGUGAUCCUUAUGGGAAUUGCAGCAUUUUUUGCUGUGGUUGACUUAUGUCUUCAAAGGAGACAUCUCAAAGGCAAGAAGAUCCGAAAGUAUGCUCUGCUUGCUCCAGACAAGAAUGGCAAAAUGCCGGACCCAAAACUACAAGCAAUGCUGGAGGCCAAAGAGGAAGAGGAGGCACGGCAA